AUGAAUGCUGCAUCCCCUCCUGAGAUUUCGUCCGUGUCUCAGUGUGAAUGCUCAUGGACCACUAACUCGAAAAUGUACAGACUGUACAUUAGCCGCCUCCUUUUCAUCGACACAGUGGAAGAGGUAACUCUGAGGUUGGCGCGAGUACGAAAACAAUGGGGAUCUCAUCGGCCCAUUGGUAUUCGUGUAGUAAAUGAGUCUGUACACGUAGGUAGGACGAGUCUUAAACCCAUCUCGGCCAACCCGGGCUGGAUAGGCGUCGGUUGGGAUGACAACGACACGCGUCACAUGCACGUUGAAGAGAUUAGAAAUGGCAUUGCUAGUACCAGUGGUGAUAGCGCGAAUUGUAGCGAUGCCGCCUGCUUUAACAUAUCUAGCUCUCAGGGGUUGAUGUUGGUGCUGGAGGUUGUUGGGGGAGAAGAGGGUCACGUAACUUAUGGCGUGGGGAUGCUCAACAGCACUGCCAUUUUGAGAGAGAACCAGCAUUAUACCAAAUACCCUGUGUACCUGUUCCCAACACAAGCCGCAAUUGAUUCCGAGACGGUGUACGCUAUUGCAGAGGUGGAGGUCCGUAGCAGUGAGUGGGAUGGUCGUCGUGAGGACGGCAUCACCCCACUGGAGUAUGACUUUGGGUCGGUCCGGGUCUCCACGUUAGACUUCUAUUUUCCUUCCUUUAUGCUCAACGAUGAGGGAAGCUACGUUGUUACCAAUGUCAUUUCUGUUAUGAACACUACAGUUGAUACAGCGCUCGCAAUGCAAUUGCUGCCCUUGCACGACGCUUGUGCUUACAUCUCUGUAGAACCAGCUCAUGUCGUCACAGUGCGCCCUCAGCAACGUGCAUACUUCACUGCCACGUGGACCAUUGGCGAAUGUGCUUGUAUGAAAAAAUUGCACCUACAGCUUCUUGUUAACGGGCCCAGGCCCGUUUCUGCGCCAAUUAUCAUAAAUGUCCAUAGCUCCACCCCUCAACCAAAUGCCAUAGAUACGCCGUAUCACUACUGGCUUAACGCAGCGUGUAUUACCAAUAGGCACUUCAGUCCCUCGGAUGAGUUUCCACUGCUCCUGAGCCUUCUCCCUGUCUUCCGGCCUAGCGUCCAGAGGCACAAGAAUGGCUCACGAGGUGCGGUAACACAUGACUUGGAAGACGGUACACCAUUCAUUGCUGAGGCUGUCACUAUCGUUGGCGCCCUCAACGGCAACAGCAUGGUUUACCCCGUGAGUGCCGAUUCAUCUACCCAAGGGGUGCAACCGGUCAGUGCUCAUUCGCAGGGUCCACAAAGUGGUGUUACAAUGCUUCCUUUUGAUGCGCCAGCGGUAGACGUUUCGCAGAAAACAUGCCGGUGCAUUCUACGGCUCGGGACUAUUCGUGGCUUUCCAAUGGUUUCUGAAUUUGCUGCGAGCGCCUCAUCGGCGUUUCAAGUGAGUAUUACACUACUAGAUCAACAGGGUUGGAAAGUGGUAACGAGUGAAACGCAGCCCCAAUAUCAAAGUGCGAGUGGAAGCCUUCAGUGGGAUGAUGAACUUGAGCUAUGGAAGUGGCCUGGUGCGAAAUGUCAGCAAUUUUUGCGCCUGAACCUCGCAGAGGUACGUCCAUAUGAUGGAGACACGGUACCAAUAGGGGCUGCAUUGGUGUCGCUGAGUACUCUGGACCGGAUCCACCCGUGUACGGGAUUUAACGUGGCCUUUUAUGUGUAUGAAACAUAUUCUCUGUACGAUUCCCUGCACACAUCAAGCCUUCUAAUGACAGGCGCUUCUAUCACCUUCCUGGAGCUUCCAAUGGUUUGA